GGCCUCUGCGGCUGCAGGGGAGGAGCCUGCCUGGGGAUUAACAGGGCCGCGGCCGCCCCAGGCCCCACCUCCGGAGGGAGGCGCAGGUGGAGCGCUGGUGUGUGGGCGGGGCGGCAGUGCUGUCUGUGCGGGUGUGCUCGGGCUCGCCGAUAGGGGCGGUAGGGACUGGCGUGGGCUGUACGGAUGGGUUAUGUGCGUUGUUGAGUCCGUGGCUGUGGAGGCGUCUGAGGUGGACACUGAGACGUUGUCUCGGUGUGGCGUCAGGCUUAGCGAAGCUGCCGGGCAGACGUGGAGUGAUCCUGGGGAAAUGAAAGAGAGGGGCUUCCAGCCGCGGAGCUGCUCUGCUUUCGUGUGAGCCUAGCUGUCUGCGAGGCUGAGGUUAUCCCGCCCUCUGAGGAAGGGCCAGCUCUGGCUGCAGCCUGGGUGCGAGCUGCCAGCGGUGCCUGGGGCCGGUUCCGCUCCCCUGGAGGCGGCGGUAGCGCUCUGCUGCUCGCGCACCGAGUAACGGCCGUUAGUCGCGAGGUCGGCGCGAGGCUGCCGCCGCCUUGCCGCGUGCCCUGUGGCGGGGCGGGCGCGGGGGCGAUGAGUGGCCUCUGCCGCCGCUGCGGCCUGGCCUCGGCAGCUGCGUGUCCCAGCGGCACAAACCUGAGCCGAGAGCCCGCUCACCGCCGCACCCCGGUAACGCGGGUCUGCCCUCCCGCCGACCUCCUGUGGAGAAUGGCAGUUUGUGACCUGUGGGGAAUCCUGUCUGGAGCUCCAAAUGAUUCCAGUUAACCCUUCAGGUCCAAUUAGAGCAGGUCGCACGGGGCCAUCUCCAAGGAUGGUGAUGCCACAAUGUUUCUUGGUAACCUGGACCAAUGUUUGGCCACCUUCAAGGAACAAAGGGAAUGUGGAAAUGAAAGAGAGAGGGAGAGAGAGGCUGGCAGAUGUGAUGAGAUGCGGUGAAGGUGUAUCCAGCUUGGCACUCCCACUCCUCUCUUCUCCUCUCAUUGCAGCCCUGGGUGACUCUCAGGCUAACACAAACAGCUUUUCUUCCGCAGCCUGCCCUCUGUCACUGUCAAUUUCAUGAAUUCACAAGCAAUUUACCAGUGAUUUCUGGGAGCUGGGGCUGAUUUUCUUGUGUAUUUAAGAAUGUCUUCCAAGCAGGCUACCUCUCCAUUUGCAUGUGCAACUGAUGGAGAGGAAACAAUGACCCAGGACUUAACAUCACGAGACAAGGAAGAGGGCAACAGUGAUCAGCACGCGACCUCUCAUCUGCCUCUACAUAAUGUAAUGCACAACAAACCUCACUCUGAGGAGCUACCAACUCUGGUCACGACCAUCCAACAAGAUCCUGAGUGGGAUGGAGUCAUCUCAGCCCAACACAGAAUGGAGUCCGAGAAUAAUAAGUUAUGUUCCCUAUAUUCCUUCCGAAAUACCUCUACCUCACCAAACAAGCCCGACGAAGGAGGACGUGACCGCAGUGAGCUAAUGACCAGUGUUAACUUUGGAACGCCAGAACGCCGCAAAGGAAGCCUCGCAGAUGUGGUGGACACGCUGAAGCAGAAGAAACUAGAAGAAAUGACCAGGACUGAGCAAGAGGAUUCAUCCUGCAUGGAAAAGCUACUUUCUAAAGACUGGAAGGAGAAGAUGGAAAAACUAAACACAAGUGAUCUCCUUGGAGAAAUUAAAGGUACACCAGAAAGCCUGGCAGAAAAAGAGCGACAGCUCUCUACUAUGAUCACCCAGCUGAUCAGCUUACGGGAGCAGCUCCUGGCUGCCCAUGAUGAACAGAAAAAGCUGGCAGCCUCACAAAUUGAAAAACAACGGCAGCAAAUGGACCUUGCUCGCCAACAGCAAGAACAGAUUGCAAGACAACAGCAGCAACUUCUGCAACAGCAGCACAAAAUCAAUCUACUGCAGCAGCAAAUUCAGCAGGUUCAGGGUCACAUGCCUCCGCUCAUGAUCCCAAUUUUUCCACACGACCAGCGGACACUAGCAGCGGCUGCUGCAGCCCAGCAGGGAUUCCUCUUCCCCCCAGGAAUAACUUACAAGCCAGGUGAUAACUACCCUGUGCAGUUCAUUCCAUCAACAAUGGCAGCUGCUGCUGCUUCUGGACUCAGCCCUUUACAGCUCCAGCAACUGUAUGCAGCUCAGCUGGCAAGCAUGCAAGUUUCUCCUGGAGCCAAAAUGCCAUCUACUCCACAGCCACCAAAUUCGACUGGGGCACUCUCACCCACUGGGAUGAAAAAUGAGAAGCGAGGGACCAGCCCGGUAACUCAAGUUAAGGAUGAAGCAGCCCAGCCACUGAAUCUUUCAGCCCGACCCAAAACAGCUGAACCUGUCAAAUCCCCAACAUCUCCAACACAGAACCUCUUCCCAGCUAGUAAAAGCAGUCCAGUGACAGUGACGAACAAGAGUGGCAUCCCCAGCCCGCUCGGUGGAUCUCUGGGAAGAGGAUCCUCUUUAGAUAUCCUUUCCAGUCUUAAUUCACCUGCCCUAUUUGGGGACCAGGACACAGUAAUGAAAGCCAUUCAGGAGGCUCGGAAAAUGAGAGAGCAGAUCCAAAGGGAGCAGCAGCAACAACAGCAGCCGCACAGUGUUGAUGGAAAAUUGCCCUCCAUGAAUAACAUGGGUCUAAACAACUGCAGGAAUGAAAAGGAAAGAGCAAGGUUUGAAAACUUAGGCCCACAGUUAACAGGGAAACCCAAUGAAGAUGGAAAACUGGGUCCUGGUGUCAUUGAUCUUACAAGACCAGAAGAUGCAGAAGGGAGUAAAGCAAUGAAUGGCUCUGCAGCUAAACUACAGCAGUAUUAUUGUUGGCCAACAGGAGGUGCCACUGUGGCUGAAGCUCGAGUCUACCGGGAUUCGCGGGGCCGAGCCAGCAGCGAACCGCACAUCAAACGACCAAUGAAUGCUUUCAUGGUUUGGGCAAAGGAUGAGCGUCGAAAAAUUCUCCAAGCUUUCCCUGACAUGCACAACUCCAACAUUAGCAAAAUCCUAGGAUCUCGCUGGAAGUCUAUGUCAAAUCAAGAGAAACAACCUUAUUAUGAAGAGCAGGCACGACUAAGUAAAAUUCACCUAGAAAAGUAUCCUAAUUACAAGUACAAACCUCGACCAAAACGUACCUGCAUUGUUGAUGGGAAGAAACUGCGUAUUGGUGAAUACAAACAACUGAUGAGGUCUCGAAGACAGGAGAUGAGGCAGUUUUUUACCGUAGGACAACAGCCUCAAAUUCCAAUCACCACGGGAACGGGGGUUGUCUAUCCUGGUGCUAUUACCAUGGCGACUACCACGCCAUCGCCUCAGAUGACAUCAGAUUGCUCAAGCACAUCUGCCAGCCCUGAGCCCAGCAUCCCUGUCAUUCAAAGCACUUAUGGUAUGAAGACGGACAGCGGAGGCCUUGCUGGAAAUGAAAUGAUAAAUGGAGAGGAUGAAAUAGAAAUGUACGAGGACUAUGAGGAUGAUCCCAAAUCAGACUAUAGCAGUGAAAAUGAAGCCCAUGAGGCAGUCAGUGCCAACUGAGGAGUGUUCACCGAAUCAAAGUACUCAGACUCUUUUGGGUUUUUUUGGGUUUUUUUUUGAACAAAAGUUCUUAAAGAGCCUGCAUGCAUGUGUGGCUCCUACAGUUACAUCAGCAGAAUGGUCUUAAAUGUUUCUUAACGUGUGAGACAGAUUGUUUCCCUAAUUUUUCAUGAACUUGGGUUUUUUUUGGUUUUGUUGCUGUUUUUUUUUUUAAUUUAGAUGAAGACAUAUAUUAAAUAACAGACAUCAGGACUUGAAAACUUAUAUGAAUCAAUAGCUGUCUUACAAGUCUUACCUUCUGUCUUUUUCCGUUUGGAUGCUGAUAAAGAUUUAAGUUACUGUUUUAGAUGGGGGUUCUACAUUCUCACUCAGGUAUGCUGUGCCAGCCUACAGGUUGUGAAUGUGUUUUUAUUCUGGAUUGUUUUAGAAAACAAACCCUUCAGAUUUCAUAUUGUGAAACAGAACAAGUCCACAAGUGUGCACAUCUGUGCAUCAUAGCUUGUCUUUAAAAAAAUAGUCUCUGAAUUCCAUUUUUUUCCGUAUGUAUAGCUGAACUUCUGAUGUGCCAAACUUUUCAUAACUUUUGAAUCUUAACAUUUAAGAAAAAGUCUUAAAGGAGACACUGUAAAGUCUUAGACAAUCCUUCGACAUCUUAAGAAAAUUAUAUAUAAAACCUAAUUUUGUUUUUCCAGAAUAUGGUAAAGUACUCAGGAAUCUGGAGACAGGAUAUUCUUAAGUAGUGAACAUGGUUGCCAUAGUGCAUGUGCCCAAUUGCUUUUGCCUCUUGAUGUGCCAUUAGUGUGAAAUUUUAAGGAAGCACAAAGGAGCGUUCACCAGCUAUGGACAGGCUUGACUUAGCAGUGUGAGGCCACCUCUGAUGACAUUCUUUACCCUUUUGUUCUUUACCCUUGCAUUCAGUCUUAACACAUUUUCUCUUAAAUAAUUUAUUCAUUCCAGAAUGCCAAGGGUCCAAAUACUUAAUAUUUAUUUUUAAAAGUACUGAUGGUGGCAUUACACUUACAAUUCUUUGUUGAUAUUUUAAAGAACCUCUUCUUUCUCCUCUCCUAAAUUACACAGGUAUAUGAAAAUAAAGUGCACCUGCUACUAAAAUGAACAUGACAUUUAUGAAUGAGAAAUUCAGUUGUUCCUUUAACAUUGUAUGUUCAAGGAGCACUUGGAAACAAUCUGCUACAAAUAAUGCAAAAUAAAGUGAGUACUUUUAUAUGUACACACACUACAGAUACUUAAAAAUGGUGUUUAUAGUUAUAAACCUCUGUACUUAGAGAGAUAGCAAAGGCAGAUGUAAAAUCCAAACUGCAUGUAGAGUCCACCACAAUGAGUUUCUAGAGCCUGUAGAAUCCUGCAGUGAAUCAUGGCUCCAUACAUCAUGUUCCUGUUGUGACCUGAAGGAACUGUUUGCUACCUUAAGUAUUUGUGCAGUGAUUUAUAAGUGAGACUCUUAGUUGGGGGGUGGGGGAGGCCACGCAAAUUUCUGACUGCAAAGCUGGGAAAAUGGUGCAUCAAAAAAUAUUUAUUGAAUAUUAGACAUGCAGGAAUGUGAGCCAGAUCUUGAUGAAUGCUUGUCAUGUGCUUUGGAAUCUUUAGAAUCAUAGAAUAGAAUCAUAGAAUCAUAGAAUCAACCAGGUUGGAAGAGACCUCCAAGAUCAUCCAGUCCAACCUAGCACCCAGCCCUAUGCAGUCAACUAAACCAUGGCACUAAGUGGAGGUAAGGUGCUAGAGAAACUAAAAAUUUUAUUUGUAUUACUACUAGAAAUGAUGCAAAUGCUAAAGAAAAUUCUGGGAAAUGGAGAUAUUCAAAGAUUGUGCAUUUAUUAAAUUUCAGAGGCAGAGAAGAAAAUGCCUUUAUGGUUUUUCCCUCACACUCCAUUCCUGGUCACAAAUACAUCGCUGUGUGUAUAUAUAUAUGAAUGUAUAUAUAUAUAUAUCUGCAUAUCCAAUGGGCCUGAUGAAUACGUGAACUGAAGGUCCUCAACUCCUUCAGCUUUUAUUUUGAAUUGAAUAUGUUCAGCACAUUGGUGACAAAUUCAGAGGCAGGCUGAGAGAUAUGAGUGGGCCUAGAGCAGCUCCUCUUGAGCUUUGUGGGAAUCUUCCCACAGAUUGAAUGGGCUUUGUUCAAGGCCCAGACGAUGAAAGAAGCACAGCGUAAGUGCUGGCUGGCCUCGUGCUGCCAUCCUGUCCUGCAGGAAAGUCGGUGAGAUGCAAUGACAAGAGGGAGCAGUCACCUUCCUCAUAGCCCCACUGAUACCUGCUUGAGCACAGGUAGCCAUCGUUGCCACUGUAGGAACCACACUGAAAUGUGCGAGAACAACCCCCAAGACAAAGAAUAUUGUUCAAUUUACAGGACGAUUUAUAAAGAUAAUGGCAUAGAAACAUGAUGGUCAAAUUUCUCUGACCAUUUUGUAAUUUGGAGCAAAAUGCUAUAUUUUUAAUAUUUAUUUAAAUGUGUUCUGAGUCCAUGUCUAAUGAGCAAUAAACUGGUCUAGCCAAGACUUUAAAGGCAUAUGCUGUGUCGUUAGCUGGUGAGCGCCCUCUUUAAGCUGGCUAAGGUACUGAUAAAAGUGGGUUUUGUUCUUAUAAUUGCUUGGGAAUUUGAACUGGUUUUAAUACAUUCAGCUGAGACUGGGGGGAGGAUACCAUUACUUCCUAAAAAAUGGCUAUUUAUUAAUGUCUUACAUAAUCCUCCAGUUAAAAGUAUCUCUCCCUCCCCCCGUAUCACUUUCUUUCUCUCUUGCUCUCUCUUUUUUUUUUCCCCUCCCCUGGUUUUGUUGCAUAGGUAGAAUGCUGUAUUACUACCAUUGUAUCUUAUGUAAUUAUUUUUUUGCACAAAGACAUUUAGAUUAGUUGUUGGUUGUUGGUUUUUGGUUUUUUUUUUUUCAUUUUUAUUUUAUGACCAUGCCAAAAUAAUAUUCUGCAGGCUUGUGGAGAACAAAGGACUGUUCUUUAGGACUGAAACUUGAUUUUGCUUGUAGUACAAAAAAACACACACUCACAGAUGUUGUUUCGUAAGUGUUAUAAGCACUGGAUAUAAAUGGUAUUUUUUAUCACUUCUGACUAAUGUGAAACUGUUGUACGAAAACUACAUGAACAAAAGUCAUCUGUUUCGACUCGUGUGGGCCUGCCUCACAGUUGCCGGAUUUGAGUCAUUUUUAUGUCUUGUUAUUUCAUUUAUUUAUGCAAAAUACAUGUAUGUAUGAACACUUUGUUUUAGCUCCAGCCCUGCCUCAAUGCUGAUGCUCUCUGUAUUUUAAAGCCACAUUCUUGAAAAUAACUGGCUGUUCAGGAAUUGCCAGCUGGUUAAAAUUGCAUUUAUUGGCGGGGGGUGGGGGGGGGUGGGGAGUGGGAGGAACAUAUUUGAACCUGACUUGUGCAUAUGAGCAGUUUAUUCUAUUUAUUAGCCGACAUUGGCUCUAAAAUGUCAGUGGAAAUCAAGGAAGGACAAUCAUAAGGAUAAAAAAACCCCAACGUUUUUACUUUAUUACCGGAGCUCAAAACAAAGUUUUUGAUGAAUUUACCAUCUCAUUUUAGAAUUUUUUUAAAUUGUGUAAAUAUAACAUAGGAAAUAGAAUUUUAUUUUUUGUUCAUGGAUACUUAGUGAAGUAUAAGUUAUGUAUUUACUUUUGUUCUAUAUCAGUGUACGUUGGUCCAUAUUAAAUGCUGACAAGUCACUGUACCUCAUGUAGAUGCUGAAUUUACACCCGCAGUGUGAGCGCAGUAUUGUGGACCUGUAGCUGGGACAGCAAGAUGCCUCACUUGUGCACUCACUGAUUUUUAGUAGCUUAUUCCUCAAACACAGAAUACUUUCUUCUUUUUUAGAAAGUACACAUACCCAAUUUCUGGUACAUUUGAUAGGAAACACAGUUACUCUUCUGAAUCCAAGUAAAACUGGUAAGAAACUUAACGAGAAUGGCACUUGGAAGUCAAAAUCAUAUCCCUGGAAAGAUUAUCCAGACUAGGAUGGUCCUUACAAUGCAGCCAAAACAUCGUAGUAUCAAACCUUUAUUUUCUACGUUCAUCAAAUUAGUUGUUGCCAUAUUACAGUACCAGGAGAAAUUGUUCACACAAUACACAAAGAGGAAUCACUUUUUAAAAGCAUUGUGUUUGAGCCACUCUUAAUAACUCCGACUGAAAGAAAUUACAGCUUCAUUCAGGUAAUGCACAAAUAUAGUAAUACUAUUUUCUCUGUGAACAGACAGUUUAUUUAAUUAGCAGAUACAAUAUAUUUUCCUUUUGAAAAAAUAUAAAAUACUUUGUUUCAAGAGAACACUCUUGAAACAUUCUGAUACCAGCUAGAAGAGUUCAGCUCGCAUAAAAAUGGGAGGUAAAAGUCUUAAUGAAAACAGAACUGCUUUCCAAGGUUCAAGUUUACAUGGAGAAACUACUCUGAUAAUGUGGCCCAGUUCUGGUCUGCCUGUAUAUUUGGGCAUCACCAUUCAGCUUGUGAGACUGCCCACUGAGAACACACGGGAUUGCAGUGUGCUCCUGAAGCGGUGAGCAAGAGGCAGGGGAAGGGCAAAAGAUGGGAUUGCUCCGGGAUGAGAAUGCAAAGCAAACAGCAGCAUUAGUCACAAUAAAUACAAUACCCUGUGCAAACUGUACAGCAGUCAGCUGUGGGCACUCCCUGCUUUGAGUACAACCACCUCCCAAUGCAGUCUAAAACAUAGUCCUCUGGGCUGGCUUUCUGGGUUUGUUUUUUGGUCAUAUCAAGGGCACGGCAUUUCAGAAUCAUUUCUUAGCAAAACAUACUGCAAUACCCCCAUCCUACCCCAGCAAAACACUUAUCUACCUUAUUAUUGAGUGUGUUGGUACUUCCAUGGUGGUCAUAAAGACCAGUAAAGCGUUGGCAUUAAAUGGGGCAAACUUUGCUGGGCCAGGGCCACAGUGCAAACAACUGCACUGGAGAUGCAGCCAGCAGAAUGUAUGAUAGAGUUCUUCAUGUUUUUAUGAGAAGUUAAGCAAUGGGCUUGGACCCUUGGUGUUUUGCAUGCUUUUUGAAGAUUCAAGUUGGCACUUAAGCAUGUUCUUCUAAAAGAAUAAUACUAUAUGACGUCAUCUGAUCUUCUCCAAAACACUCUUUUUCCUUUAAAAAAGAAGACUUCCCCCAAACUUUCUUUUUUUUUUUUUUUUUUUUUUUUUUUUUUUUGUCAUUUAACCCGUUAAUAUUUGUGAUUUUUCUCAGAUCAAACUACAUUUUGGGUAUACUGUAAUGUCCUGCUACAGAAGGAGAAAAAAAUAUGUAUAUGCAAAUAUAGUUAAUUUUAAACCAUUGCCCUUUUUAAACGACCAGAUUUGUUGGAAAUGGUGACAAAGAAGUAUUCUGAGAUUUCACACACUGGGUAAAAAGGGAGUGGGGUGGGUGAACUGGCCUAAAGGAAAACUUAUCAAAUUGGUAUUUAUGGCAAUAUGAAAGCUAUAAAGCAACGUAGUGACAUGGCUUGCUUUGUAAUUUCCGCUUUCUUAAAACCACAAGUGAGGUCCUUGGUGCUCUUGGAGUAUGGGGAAUGUGCAAAUAUUUAACUGUUUGUAUGCUGCACAUUGCAGACCUGCUAGUGUACAUUCUCCGUUUGUCUUCCUUUGUCAUUUGUGUUUUGCUUUCUAGAAAGCAAAGUUUUGUUUUUGUUUGUUUUUUUUUUCUUGUACCCUUCUUCAGCUUGUAGCAAACUAGAAUGCUUUAGCAUUUAUGUUCAUUCAUUAUUGUAUUUCCCAUGUAAAAAUUUUUUUAUUACAUUAAGACAAGCUUAUAAGCUGUUACUACAUAACUUAUCUUACUGUAACUCUUAUUUCCUGACAUUGUAAUUUGUUUGUGAUGUAUAUUGUGAGAUUGUACUCUAUGUUAAUUUAAUCAGCACAAUUCACUGACAUGCUGGACUGACAUGCUAGCUGCUGUUUCAAAUUGUAAAGUUUGUGUAGAGCUGUUGGGACAACUGAGACUCUCUUGUCAAGGUACUAUGCUUUGAUUCCUAUAGCAACACUGUGGGUGCAGCUCUGAAUGGCAAGGGCUGCCUGUUGGAGACCCACUGGCUAACUCGAUGGGCAGGUUUUCUUUGUAGAAAUUCUAUAUACAAUGCAGGUACCUACCUGGGCCCAUGGCCGGUAAUUAUCUGGGCGUUUAGAGGAAAAAAAAACCUAGUGUCUAUUGCUGCUUUGAAUAUGUUUUAAAGUCUGAAAAUGUAAAUAGUUUAUCAAAAAAAAAAAAAAAUCUUGUACAGUCCAGUGUAAAGUUUUUAAAUGAACUUAAAGGUUGCCAUCACAUCUCACACUCUCCUCUUGAUACAGUAAAAAAAAAAAAAAGGAAAAAAAAUAAAGAGAAAAGUUUGCUAAGGAUACUGAUUGAAAAAAGAAAUCAAAAUCUGUUCUCAAUUUAAAGAAGAGAAUAGUAAUUCUUAGCUCUGCUUCAUUGCAUAAACAGACUUCUUGGAUUUUGUUGUGCAGUAUUGACGUGAGGUAAAUUAAAUAUUAAAUAAUCUUUCAGUGGUACUUUUGAGAGUCUUCUCCUCCUCUGCCUCAGUUAUUGAUGGAAAAGACAAAAUUGAAAGACACUGUCCAUAUACAGUAUGUUCUGGUGUACACUGGCACCUUACCUACAUGUUUGGGGGGGAGGGAUUUUUUUUUUUUCCUCUUUUUUUUCUUUUUUUUUUUUUUUUUUUUGCACAAGGUGCUUUCCUGAUAUGUUAAACAUGUCAUCCUUGGGUGAUACAGUAUAUGCCAUGACAGGGGUUUAGACCCCUCAGGGGAGUGUCUAAAAGACUGCCUAUUUAUGCUCAUUUACCUCAAGACUGUCCUCUCUACCCUUAAUCUAUUCACCAUCACUCCAUCUUUUGUACUGCUGUUGACACUUACAAAUUAAAGAUAAAUUUUGUUUUA